UGAUUUUUAUUGAGGAAACUUUGAAAAGCGGCUUUACCCUUACUACAUGUACUAGUUUAGGAAAAUUCUCGACAUUGGACGACGGUUUGUAAUUUCUUUGAUUAAUGUGCUAGCCAACCCAAGUGGAAUUGGUAUUCCUUGUUUGAAUCUUGGACAGUCUUGAAAUCCUUGUCACCAUGGCGCUCGCUCUGACCAGAGAGAAGCGAGUCACUGCGGGCAAUCGCAUGUCUCGGAUGUUGCAGGAGGAGGAACAAGACGAGUUCUACAAAACAACCUACGGAGGAUUUGAAGAGCAAUCUGGGGAUGAGGAAUAUACCAGUGAAGAAAGCGACUCUGACGCCACAGACAGCGACAUAAGCGAUUCAGAAGAUGACGAAGUAAUCAGUGAUGAUGAGGGAAACGAAAAGAAAAGACAGCGACGAACGGUCACCAAAGCAUAUAAGGAGCCAGUCACAAAGCCUGCUGCCAAAAAACCCAGCCAACCACGCCCAAGCGUCGUAGCUUCAAAGCCCAAGGAAAAGGAGAAAGCGUCCAAGCGACCUGCUGUCACAUCACAACCUGAGCAGACUGCUGGACAGGACGAAGGCAGCCUGCGUAAGUCCAGUCGAAGGUCAACCGUUAUUAAAGGCACCGAGUUUCAGAUCCGGUUGAAGGAAAGGGAAGAACGAGCGGAGAUCAAUCGCAUGACGAUUGCCAAUCGCUCCAGACCGGAGGUACGAAGAUUGACACAGGAAGAGCUGCUUGAGGAGGCGACACUGACGGAGGAGAAGAACCUUAUAUCACUGCAAAUGUAUCACAAACUGGAAGCCGAAAAGAAGAAGACCAAGUUCCACAAGAAAGCCUUCAAGGGGCCGUUCAUCCGGUUCCAUUCCAUGACGAUGCCGGAAGUUGUCACGGAUAAAGCUGCCAGGAACAGAAGCAGUGGAGAAGAGAACGCUGUAGUGGGUUCGGAUAACAUGCAGCCACUACAACCCACCCAACGCUGCUCAAGAAGCUUCAUCACCUUCAGCGAGGAGGCCAGCUUCAUAGCGUGCUUCCCCAAGACCAAGAGUCGUCCCCCGGCCAAACCCCUCUGUCCGGUCACCAGACAACGAGCCAUGUACCUGGAUCCCAUCACGAACAUUCCUUACGCCAACAAGGAGGCCUUCAAGACUAUCCGAGAGGCUUACGAGAGCGAGCUGGAAUCGCAGAGCGACAGCAAAAAGCGGAAAGUUCAGAAAGUGAACUGAUGAAAAGACAUCCGUAGGUUUUUGUUGUGGACAUCAUCUACGUCUGCACCUUGCAACUUUCUGUGAAAUGGCAGCAGUGUGAAGGAGUGCAUUAUAGUAAAUACCUUGGCUAGCCAUACAGGGUUUCAUUCUGUUUACUGAAAGAGACAUUUGGCCAGAGAAGACAGCUUUCAUGAACUGAACCAGUUUUAUCGAAUCAGUACGGAAGUACCCCCUCAACGGUUUCAAGGAGAAAGUUGGGAAGGACCACUGAAAGGGACCCUCUAUUAGCAUUGCUUACAGAGCCUAACACUCACACACAUUCAGAAUAAAUUAAGUCAUGUGUACCUCGCACCAUACGCACGUGAAUAAGUGCAGACAUGAUAUGUGGCCCUUCAACGUGUGGUUUAUGAUUGGUGAUGAGGUUUUUCACACACAUACUUGACUGCGUCAUGUGAACUGUGUUCUGACCAUGCUUGAAGCUUAGCCUCAGACAUGUAAACGCAUAGACCGCCAGAUCGUACUCAAAAGUACACAAGCAUUUCGUGAUCUGCACGGCACCCGACUAAAAUAAAACCUUUAGAUAAAUUCAUGUCUCAGUAUAGGGAAUUUACUCAAAGCUCAAGAUUUCCAGUCAUAAAAUUCUAUGAAGCUAUUUUUUUUAUUGCAAAAAAAAAAACCUUAAAAAAUGUUUCAUUGCAAAAAUAAAAUAAACUAUUUCAUCCAGAUUCAAAAUAAUGCAGUGUACUUGAAGUUUUCCUGUGAAUAUCGACUUAUGAGGCCCAUUUAUUUGCCCCAAAAGUGAAGUAUUGGAGAGUACUUCCAAUGUAAGCGUCUUGCACAAUAGGUGCAUUGAGUUAUAUCAUUUUGCCCAUAUUUUUCCAAACCACCAUUUUGCACAUGCGACUGGCGGUCUAUGCACUUAUGUCUGGGAGCGUAAUCUUCAGUACAUGCACAUAGAUGGCAUGGCUUCAGUUGUCUGCUAAAGCAAGCUCUACGCCCUCUAUCAUCCCCAUGAAUGGAGAACAGCGCAAUUUCCUGUCAACAGUGAUGGCGUAUCCAUUAUUAGAACAACGUGCACUUCAAUACCAAAGUUGUACAAUACAAGGUUUGAAUAAAAUCUCAAAGCAGACGUGUA